CAGAGUGUUUCACAAGUUUGUUUCACUCGCUCAAGACGAUGAUUGACUUGGGAAGGCAGCAGUUCUUCGUCAUAAAUAUUUUGCAACAAGGCAGUGGUGUGGAAUGCCCUCAAGAUGGCAGUCGUUGCUUAAUUGAAGUGACCUUGUCACAAGGAGAUAAAGUUUUAUUUGAAAGAACUAAUAUUAAAUGGUGCAUAGGUGAAGGAGUUUUAGAUGUUGUCUCAGAAUAUGUCAAUGAAUGUUUGGAAAGCAUGCAUUGUGGUGAUAUAUGCCAGUUGUCUAUUAAGCCAAAUGUUGAUCUCCAAGAACCUUUUUUGAAAGGUGUUAUUGCAAAAAAUUUAUCUCUGCAUUAUGAAAUAAAGCUGACCUCGUUUACUGAGGUGAAGAAUAGCUGGGAGUUCUCUUUUGAAGAGAGAUGGCUGUUUGCUUUGAGGCACAAAGAGAUGGGAAAAACCUUCUACCAUAUGGGAAAAUGGUUAUUGGCAGCAAGACAUUAUAGUAAAGCAACGAAGAGUUUAAUUUUCGCCCAACAACAUCACACAGAAACAAAUAAUGAUGAAUUUUGCACGCUGAAACUCCAGUGUUAUCUAAAUCUUGCUGCUUGCCAGUUAAAACUACAGAGAUAUACGCAUGUUUUGGAAAAUUCUACGAAGGCACUUUCUAUUGAUAAAUGCAACGUCAAAGCACUGUUCCGUCGUGCACAGGCUUACAUGGCACAGAAAGAUUUUGUUGAAGCCAGUCAUGAUAUUAAGAAGGCGCAAAUGAUCGCCCCAAGAAACAGCGAAAUUAUUCAGUUGCAGAAGAAAUUGAAACAGAAAAUUAAAGAACAUGAAGACCACAUGACAAAGAAUUUAGAAAGAAUGUUUAACAAUUGACCGUAGAGGCUUUAGUAUGAAAUGGAAGAUGACUUUGUGGUUGAUAGCAUUACAAAUAAAAAGAAAAUUAUAUGAAAGAAAUUGAAACAAUGAAAAUGACAAUUGAUGACGCUGUGUGCUAGUGACAAAACUUUAACUGAAAAAAAAACAGGUUGUUUAUUGUUUUUUUCAACAAUAUUAGACGACUAUGUUAAUUUCUUCCAGUCUUUGAAGUGCAGGUAGUCUUUAAAUUUCAAUCGCAACUCAACUGUAGAAAUAUUGCUAUAAUUCAAGAAAUAUAACCAGCACGAAUAAAA